AUGCUAUGGGGGCCUGAAAGCCCGAGUAGGAGGAUAGCAAGGAUUAAAACUCCUAUCAUGGACGGAUUGAGGGAAAAGUAUUCCGACGCAACAUUCCAAUUCCAAUUUGAAGAAUUUGAAUGCACGAUUGCGGAGAUAGAAGCUCAGGGAAAGAUACUCGUCGUCAAAGAUCACCCGUACCAUAUGAUGUACCCACACGUCACACUGGACGACAUCAAGCCUGAAGACAGGCCAAUCGCGCCUAUUGUGGACAAACUAUUGGAUCUUCCGGAGGCUGAGAGAGAGAGCAGGGCCGUGACAACGCCAUUCUUCCCCAUCCCAAACCCUACAUUCCUUCCAGACCGCCUAUUUGCCACAUUCACCCCCAUUCUGACCAUUCGCCACCCAUGCCGCAUGAUUUCCUCUUUCAAACGAGCAUUGCAAGCCAUGGGGGCGCCGUUCCCAGACGAGGAUAGCUCCAUGGAUACACAGUUUAAGUGGCAGCGAAUGGUGUACGACUGUUACAAGGCCUGGUUUUCCACUCCGGAGGGAAUUGAGGCAGCAGGAGGUGCCUCGAUUGCGAAACAUCUGCCCAUCGUCGUGGAUGGGGAUAAACUCAUAAAUAACCCACAAGGGCAGAUGGAGACUUUGUGUCGGAUUUUAGGACUGGACCCGUGCGGGAUUCAGUAUUCGUGGAAAGCUCGGAAAUCUAUGGAGCACGACGCAUUCGGUGGGACCCUCGGCAACUCGACUGGAAUUAUUAAAGGCAAAGACGGGAGCGAUAAAACUCCAGUAUUAGAAGAGGAGAUGAGGAAGUGGACGGAAGAGUGGGGGAAGGAGACGGCGGACGGUCUGAUGUUCUUGGUGAACAGGACGAUGGAAGACUACGAAUACUUGUUAAAGCGUAGCAUCUGA